CUCGACUCCUUUUCUACUACUAGAAUAAAAUUACAAAUGAUGGAGAGCUCAGCGACAGAAUGGCUAUUGAAGGGAGGCAGACAAUAAGGAAAAGUACAUGGACGAUACAUAUACCUCGUUGGCGCAGCGGUACGAUGCAUUUCACGGCAGCAUGCCCCUCAACGGCGCGCAGCGCGGCAAAGACCAGAUAAUGAAAAUGAUCAAGCCCAGGCGCGGCACAUUGUUCCUCGAUAUGGCGGGUGGGACCGGCGACAUGAGUGUGAGCUUCCUCAAGUACCAAGCGUCAGUCAACAAAGACAAAGAGUCGACUGCAGUUGUGUUUGACCUCAACAAGGAAAUGCUUGAGGUGGCCAGGCGGCGCCUGGAAGACACCGGGUGGUCGGAGCAAGCAAAGGUCGUGCACGGCAAUGCUGAGGACCUGUCGAUGUUUGGUGAUGGAUCGUUCGAUAUAUACUGCUGCGUAUUUGGACUGCAUAAUAUGCCGAACCAUGAAAAGGUGCUCAAGGAAGCGUUUCGUGUCAUAAAGCCUGGUGGGCGGCUUGUCGUCGGUGAAAUCAAUACGGGCACGAGGCGGGUGGCAAGGGCGCUCAUCCGGAUGCUGUUCGUGCAUGUCAUUUUCCCGAUUGCGUACCACAGACUCAGUGAUUCGGCGAUGACUGACCGGCUGGCUAAAAGCGCAUUAGGGUUUCCGGCUCCUGAAUAAGUUCGUACAGGCUGUCAAGAAUGCAGGGUUUAGGGCCGAGGGACGUGGGUACAAGACAUGUGCGCUUGGACUGGGCGCGGUGUAUUUUGGCAUAAAGCCCUGAUGACAGUGGGGUAGAGUUCAU